UCGACCCGCAAGGAAGGGUUCUUUGUUUGCGUUUCACGUUCGCGUCGCACGGUAUCAUCUGUGACGGUUCCAUCGUAUCGUGUCCGAGACGGAAUGUGUCUUAAGUGGAAGCGUGCUUGUUUGUCCCGCUCCACGUGAAAUGUCGCGCAGCGCCCUGAGGUGGAGUGCAGCGGUGCGAGUGCAGUGAGGUGAGGUUCAGUGCGGUGCAGUGUGUAGGGUGUGUACGGAGCGUGGGUCGGCACGGCCACGGCGAGCGAAGCGCGCGGCGCUGGCGGCCGCCCGGCCAUGACCGGCGACAUGCCCCUGGGGAGCGCGCACGCGUUCGGACGCGCGCUGCUGCGGGAUGCCCUGCCGCCGCUGGAGCCCGGGGCGCCCGCGCCGCCGGCCGCCGCACAGCCGCCGGACAAGCGCCCGCCGGCGGCCGCCGCCGCCAGCCCCGAGCAGGUCAUGAAGCUCUAUAUGAACAAGCUCACUCCCUACGAACACCGCGAGAUCUUCGACUAUCCGCAGGUGUACUUCAUCGGCGCCAACGCCAAGAAGCGCCCGGGGCUGGUGGGCUUCCCCAACAACUGCGAGUACGACAACGACCAGGGCUCGUAUAUCCAUAUCCCUCACGACCACAUCGCGUACCGGUACGAGGUUCUCAAAGUGAUCGGCAAGGGCAGUUUUGGCCAGGUGGUAAAGGCUUACGACCAUAAGAAGCGCGAGAACGUGGCGCUUAAAAUGGUGCGCAAUGAAAAGCGCUUCCACCGCCAGGCGCAAGAAGAGAUCCGCAUCCUGGAGCACCUACGUGAGCAGGACAAGGAUAACUCUAUGAACGUCAUCCACAUGUUCGACUCGUUCACGUUCCGCAGCCAUACGUGCAUCACGUUCGAGCUGCUGUCCAUCAACCUGUACGAGCUCAUCAAGAAGAACAAGUUCCAGGGGUUCUCGCUGCAGCUGGUGCGCAAGUUCUCGCACAGUUUGCUGCAGUGCCUGCACGCGCUCAACAAGAACCGCAUCAUCCACUGUGACAUGAAGCCAGAGAACGUGCUGCUCAAACAGCAGGGACGCUCCGGCAUUAAGGUGAUAGACUUCGGCAGCUCGUGUUACGAGCACCAACGGGUGUAUACGUACAUCCAGUCGAGGUUCUACCGCGCGCCCGAGGUGAUGAUGGGUGCCAAAUACGGCAUGCCCAUUGACAUGUGGUCGCUGGGAUGCAUAUUAGCGGAACUGCUCACAGGUUUCCCCCUCCUCCCCGGCGAAGACGAAGCGGACCAAAUGGCGUGUAUAAUCGAACUCCUGGGCAUGCCGCCGCAGAGGCUCAUCGAGCAGGGCAAGCGGUCCAAGAACUUCAUCAGCAGCAAGGGCUUGCCGCGGUACUGCACCGCUACCAUGCUACCUGAUGGCACGACGCUCUUAAGUAGCGGUAUGUCAAGAAGAGGCAAGCCUCGUGGUCUGCCCGGUUCUAAAAGUUUUGUCACAGCGCUCAAGGGAUGCCAAGACAAAUAUUUUAUUGAUUUUAUUAGAAGAUGUCUAGAAUGGGAGCCAGAGAAGCGUCUCACACCGGCCGCGGCGUUGCGGCACGCGUGGUUGCGGCGACGCCUGCCCCGCCCGCCGCACGACGACGAGCCCACCCCCGCGCCCCCCGCCAACGUUAGUAUCCACCAGCCGCACCAGCCGCACCAGCCGCACCAGGCCCCGCAGCCGCACCACAACCACGCCAAGCGCCUCGCGCAGACCAAGUGCACUGACAAAUAGUCCAGUGGCGGGUCGGGGUGCACGGGCGGGGGAGGUGCGGG